GGAAAAAUGAACAAUCUUACUACCAUGUCCACAUUUCUACUGCGGGAAUUGUCUGAACUGCAGGAACUACAAAUCUUAUAUGUCUUUCUAUUCAUAACAUUGUACUUGACAACUUUGAUGGGGAAUCUUCUCAUCAUUGUUGCAGUAGCCCUUGACCGUCACCUUCAUAAACCAAUGUACUUUUUCUUAGCAAACCUGGCCAUGAUGGAUGUUGGCUCUGUUUCAGUCAUGAUACCCAAAUCUGUGGCCAAUUCCAUCAUGAACAGCAGGUCCAUUUCAUAUUCUGGGUGUGUGGCUCAAGUUUUCUUCUACUUCUUCUUUGCAACAUCAGAUUUUUUCCUUCUAACAGUAAUGGCACACGAUCGCUAUGUCGCCAUCUGCAGCCCAUUACAAUAUGAAAGAAUUAUGCACAAAGGAGCCUGUAUUCAGAUGGCAGCAAUUGUGUUACUUACUAGUCUUCUUUAUGCCAUUUUGCACACUUGUGGCACCUUUGCAAACACCUUCUGUUCUAACGUUGUCAAUCAGUUCUUCUGUGAAGUCCCAACAUUAUUAAAGCUCUCCUGCUCUGACUUUUACUUAGUUGAAGUUGGGCUUCUUCUGCUAGGCUGUAUUACAGCACUAGGAUGCUUCAUUUUCAUCAUCAUAACGUACCUGCAGAUAUUUUCUACAGUGCUCAGAAUUCCUUCUGUCCAUGGUCAGAAUAAAGCCCUCUCCACUUGCCUUCCCCACCUCACUGUUGUUUCUGUGUUUCUCAUAAGUGCAGUCUUUGCUUAUGCAAGGCCUCCCACGGAAUCUUCUUCUGAGCUGGAUAUAGCUUUUGCUGUGAUAUAUGCUAUAAUUCCUCCCAUGCUGAAUCCAUUCGUCUACAGCAUAAGGAACAAAGACAUUAAGACUGCUUUGUGGAAACUCUUAGAUGUCAGGCAUUCUCCUAAGACUAUAUUUAGAGUUCUAUAA